AUGGAUCCCUUCUCCCCCGUUCACCAGACCGACGAGGGCUACUCGGAAGACCCUCUGAACCCGACUCUGCCCCAAAACUUGCCGGCUCCAAGGUCUCUCGCAGAUCUGCCAUCAUGGCUAGCCAGCCAUGUCUCGGCUCUUCCGCUGCCCGUCAGGACCGAGUUGACCAUGGGCUUGCUUGACCAGCUCCCAACCUCUGCCAUCGCCGAGAUCGUGCAGCGCCUGAACCCGAGGCUCUACAUCGACUUUAUCCAAUACCUCCCGGCCGAAAUAUGCCUAAAGAUCCUCGGUUACGUCGACCCCAGCUCUCUCGUCAGCGUCAUGAAGACGUGCCGUGCGUGGCACAGCCUGGCUCUGGAUAGGAAACUCUGGGAAAGACUCUUCUACCUGGAGGGGUGGAAAGCUGUACCGUCCGAGAUCGAUAUCUGGGAAGCAAAGGUCAAUGUCGGGCUGAAUGGCUCAGUAGGUCACAUGCAUCGUGUGCAUGGCGCCGAGGGCCACGCAAGCAAGGUCCGGGCUGUCGCCAACGCCGACGAGGACCUGGAAAUGACCGACAACGACCGUAUUCUCCCGUCCGCCAACGAGGGCUCCGAUGUCGAAAUGUCUAACAGCGGGGCCUCGAGAAAGGGAAAGGGCGUGGAUCGAGGCUUUGCAUCGCUGGAUCACGUGGUGCGUGCCAAGCGCAAGGAGCCCGGUGGCUCGCCGGAGCCCUCUCCGCCCCUGAUGCUGCCGCCCGGCGACAACUCGGGCUCGCCGUUGCGGUCGACCUUGUGGGCUUGGGACGGGAGCAACUUGCGCUUUCGCAUCAACUGGAAAUAUCUCUACAACAUGAGGCGGCGCCUCGAGUCCAACUGGGAGCUGGGGAAAUGCACCACUUUUCAACUGCCACACCCCGUUUACCCGGAAGAGGGCCACCAAGAAUGCGUCUACACGCUGCAGUUUGACGCCGACUAUCUUGUAAGUGGUAGCCGCGAUCAGACGAUGCGCAUAUGGAACAUGCACACGCGCCGCUUAGUUCGCCCUCCCCUCGUUGGCCACCAUGGCUCGGUGCUGUGUCUGCAGUUUGACGCGAGUCCCGUCGAGGACAUUCUGGUGUCCGGUAGCAGCGACUCCAACGUCUUCAUCUGGAAGUUUUCCACCGGUGAGCUCGUCCAACGCAUCACUGAUGCCCACCGGGAGUCGGUCCUUAACGUAAGGUUCGACAAGCGGAUCCUCGUCACCUCGUCCAAGGAUAAGACCAUCAAGAUCUUCAACCGCCGACCGCUGCGGUACGGGGACUUGGGCUACGGAACCCCCGACGUGGCCGUCGACCGGGUCGGCACAAGCGUGAAGCGUUACGGGUUUGAGCCCGACCUUGCCCAAGAGCUGCCGGUCAAGGAACCGUUUACCUUGAUUGGCUGCCUAGAAGGCCACGGGGCCGCCGUCAAUGCCAUCCAGGUUCGUGACCGGACCAUUGUCUCCGUCUCUGGAGACCGGCACAUCAAGGUAUGGAACUGGCCUGAUUGGGUCUGCACUCAAACCAUCCCCGCACACGAUAAGGGAAUCGCGUGCGUUGAGUUUGACGAACGACGCAUCGUGGCCCAGCUCCGGGGCCAUUCCCAUCUUGUCCGGACCGUGCAGGCAGGCUUUGGCGAUCUUCCUUACAGCAAGGAGGAGGACGAGGCCCAGGCCAAGGCCGUCGACGCCGAGUACUUUAGAGCAGUCGAGGCGGGAGAGAUUAACCACGACAACGAUCGCCGGAGCCGUCGGACUAGGAGAGUCAAUGCCGGCAGCUCGAGGCCGGCGGAGAUUCAGGCGUAUGGCGCCAAGAUCCCGCCGGGGGGCGGCGGGGGCAGGAAAUAUGGGCGAAUCGUGUCCGGCUCGUAUGAUCAGAGUAUCAUCAUAUGGAGGCGGGACAAGGAGGGCGUCUGGAAGCCUGCCCACCACCUCCGACAGGAAGAGGCGGCUGCCGCGGCACAGCGGAACAUGACCGCGGCCGUCCAGCCGCCCGGCGCCCGCAGUCCGCCUCAAGCUGAUGUUUCGCCACUUCCCAUAGUCCAAACCCCGGGUGGCACGUCGCCGCGUCCUAGGGAAACGAUGCCGGGGAGCGUCAGCCAAGGGGGAGGAGGCCCACUGCCGCCGAUCCGUGAUCCCCAUGGCGACUCACACGGAUCCGCCCGCCUGUACAUGGCGCUGAUUGACCAAGUCGUGCCCCUCGGAGCGGCCGCUCUAGAGCAAGCCUUGAGAAACUAUCCGGUUAUACUAGCUUAUCAGACGUACCUGCAGACAGCCAUCGAACGCGAACCCUCGGCGUUCGUUCGGUCCCAGCUUCGGCAGGUGGUGGGAACGGCAUUGUCUGCCAUACAAGAUGGGCAGUCGGCAAGGCAACGACUCGGCACCGUGGCCGUCACCCGUCACCCAAGUGCCGCUGAGUCUCCUGGCGGCCCGGCCAGCUCCGGGGCCGCCACCGCAGGCUUGCCGGACUCGCGAGGAUCAGCCAGUGGCGGCGGCGGAGCAAGCGCCCAUCAGCACGACGCUCAUGCUGCGGUGCCGGAGCCGUCGCAACCCGUGCCUUCACCUGCCGACGUGCCGGCCCAGAGCGCACAAACACACGCUCUGGUCGCAACUCCAGCGGCGCCUCCCGCGCCGCUGCCCGCUCCUCCCCAACCGGCCUAUGUGCCGCUGGCGCAGCAGCAGCGGCAACCGGCGGCAGCGGCGGCGGCGACGGCUCAAGACCAGAACAAUGGCCAAUUGGUGCACCACCACCCGCACAUUGCUGCGGCUGAGAAUGCGCCGGCGCGCGUGUUCAAGUUGCAAUUUGACGCCCGAAAGAUCGUGUGCUGUAGUCAAGCGCCAGUCAUUGUGGGUUGGGACUUUUGUAACGGAGAGGCUGAGCUGGAGGAGGCGUCUCGAUUCUUCGCCACGGUAGACUAG